UAGCUCUUUUCAAAAUUUUAAAGCCUUGUGUGGAUGUGGGUGGACAAAAUGAAAAGGUGCUGAUUCAAAUUUCUAAACGCAUUUGCUGGCUCGAUCGUUUGGUGUUCCCUUAGACAAUUGACCAAAGCAAAAGUUGAUUACACAGAGUUCCGAAUCUGAUCACAAGCUCUAAAAACAUCAAUAACGUACCGGUUCUUAUUCAUAUUUCAGAAGACCAAUCGCUGAAAAAUAUAUUUUGGGGGAACGAUGAAUAAUUCAUCACCGGCUCAUUCCUCGCUAUCGACGACGGCGGUUGUAGGUGGUGGUGGAGGAGGCGGCGGCAGCAACGCCACUGUAUCCGUUGAUGACUUUAUUAUUCCCAGUGAUCCUAUGUCAUCGCUUGAGCGUAAAGACGAAGCUGUGUCAGUUUUAAAAUCAGAUCUCAUGGCUGCACUUGACAAGGAGGUUAAAUCGUUGGUUGAAGAUAACUGGAAGUUUGAAGGGCCUCGUUCGCGGAUUCAUCUUGUAUCACAUCGAGGUGGUCAUCUCUAUAGGCCCACAGAAGUUUCAAAGAAUUGGAAUUUGACUCCCCCAAAGUAGUUGGAACACUCACCUCAAAGCUCUGUUCCUCUAUUCUGAAUUGAUUAUGGUUGUGAUCUGCAGACAGAUACAAAUUAUUACGCCAUGUUUCUUUUCCACCUGAAAACACAGCUGUGACUCUACAUCUUCAGACUCUGGAAGAGCACGAUUAUUGCAAAGGAAGGUUCCUUCUGUGCAAGAUUAUCUCUGUCACAUUUUGUGUUAGUCUUUCUAGUCUGGAUUCAGAAAGCUGGUGUUUUUAAUAUUUAUAUGGUAUCAUUGUUCUAAUUUUGAGUGAUCAAUUAUUAAUUGCAGUUGAUUGUUGCAAAACUGGAGGUAUUUUAAUGUAUAAGCUAACGAGUGGUUAACGAAUUCACUCGGGUUGUUUGUGCGUGGACACAAAAACAACA